GAGGGAAGUGAAAAGAUGUUACAUAGCAAGUCCAGCUCACACUGGUCAGCCUGGAGGUCUGGCUUCUCAGUCAACGUGAGGGCUGUCCUUAUUCUGGGGCUUCUCCUCCUUUCUGUCACUGUCCAGGGCAAGAAAUUUCAGAGGUGUGAGCUUGCCAGAACUCUGAAGAAGCUUGGAUUGGAUGGCUAUAAGGGAGUCAGCCUGGCAAACUGGUUGUGUUUGACCAAAUGGGAAAGCAGUUAUAACACAAAAGCUACAAACUACAAUCCUAGCAGUGAAAACACUGAUUAUGGGAUAUUUCAGAUCAACAGAAAAUGGUGGUGUAAUGAUGGCAAAACCCCCAAAGCAGUUGACGGCUGUCACGUGUCCCGCAGCAGUAAGACAAGAUGAUGUUGAGUGAUGGCUCAGGCCACAGCUGGUUAUACCUAUAAGAAUAGAGAUUCAGCAGAAAUGAAAAUGUCCUGAAGAGUUCAUUAGGGACCUAGAAAAAUUCCACCAUAACUUCUGUAAACUCUCUAUUAUCCUUCUCCUAAUUUCUUAACUAAGAAAUUAAAGAACUUGUAUCUUAAAAGGUUGCUGUUUGCUAACAUACAGGUUAAUUUACACAUUUGUUUAAUUGGAGUGAAAUAAAUAUUCUAUUGAGUUUCUUUUGAAAUAGAGAUAACAUGUGCAAUCUUAGCUGCACAAAAUAUUGGAGAACAAUCCAGAAUUUAUAUUGUUAAAAUUUUAUACAUUAAAAUUCCUAAUAAAGAAGAUUGGUCUAAGAAUA